AUGGCAGACGGUGUACGUGUGGCAGCUGUAGUGAAACUAAUGGAGUCAAUAGUCGUACUGCCAGACAAAAACUGCACCGAAAGGAUGGACACUCCGUCGGCCAGAGAAUUUCUCACAAAUCUUGAGCCAUUCCAAGUGGUCCUCUUAACGAUUGCAUCAUCCUUCACACUUAUUGUCUACAUUCUCGCUCUCGUUCACUGGUAUUAUGUUUACUCGUUCGUUUCAAUAGAGACAAGAAGAAAUAAGCUCUACUGGCUUGUCACACUUUUCCCGGUAUCAACGGGUUGCUGUUUGGUUGGAAUGCUCGCUCCGAGGACUUCCUUGAUCAUGACUGCUGUUGGUAUUCUUUACUAUCUCAUGUGUUUGUUCGUGAUCGUAUCUUUGUGCAGGCACUUAUUUGGCGGACGCUCCUCCUUUUCAAACAGCCUGCAGUUUGAAUCUAGACCGAUAGACUUCAGAAGCCCUCCACUCUGUUGCCUGAUUCCUUUUCUUCCAACCGCGGAGUCUUCGGAGAGAAACAUUCGACGGUUGGAGUGGUUAGUUCUCCAGGCGCCUGUUGUCCGAGCAGUUAUUAUUGUGAGCGAUAUAAUUGCUGUCGCUGAGAUGAGGGAAGAAGCAAAAGCAUUCCUUCGAUACUCAGACAUAUUCUCAGUUGGUUCCCUCAUGCUGGCUAUAUUUGGUGUGCAUACGUUGGCACGGGUUACGUCGAACAAGUUGUCGGAGUACUGCUUUCUCACGGUGUUCCGCUUCGUGGAUGUGUCAUUACUGUUCUUUUCUGCUCAACAACCCAUGAUCUUUCAAAACAUACUUCUCCGUUUUGAUCUCAUUAAAUGCGGUCCAUUACUCACGGCUCAGGAAAAUGCCACUUUUGUUUGCAAUUUUGUGACCAUUUGUGAGAUGUUCGUCAUGUGCUUGCUGGCUACGGUACUGCUUGCCCCGCGUCGCAACGCUAUGUUCGAUAGCCAUCGCUUGCUCAAAACGCCUUCGUCCUUUCAUGGCACUGAGGUGUCUGAGAUUGGAGAACAGUGUUUAGCAAUACCAGCAGGUCAAUUUGUCGAUAUCGAGUACGCCGACGAUGUAGUGAUGUUCGCAUCUAGCAGCGCGAAAUUGAAAAAGGUUGCUAACCUUGCAUCGAAAUUACCUGCUGCCUAUAGGCUGCGACUUGCUUUGACAAAGCUAACUCGUAUCGGGUUCUUGGUGGGUCCACCUGUAGUCGGCGGUGCGGUCGUCGAAUGCGUUGCAGUCGUUGAGACGAGUCGGCACCAUCGUCCUUGCUCGCACAGUCGAGUAGUGGGCGUCUUUGAUUCUGGACCAAAGCGACACCCGCUCGACUCGCCAUGGAGGCCGGCACAGACUGUGUACCUACAACGCGAGAACAGUGUCCACAGACAGACGCUGGAAGCCCAGCCUCAAGAAGAAGCUGAAUUCCGCCAAGGGUUCAGCUGCUUGGACCACAUCCAGAUCGUGUCGAGGGUCAAUGAGGUUUACCGGGAAUAUCGCCUGCGCCUUGUUCUAACCUUCGUCGACUACGAGAAAAUCUUCGACAGCGUCAAUACUGUCAGCGCUGGUCGAUCAAGGGAAGAGAAUAGGACUGCGACUAAACAGAAGGAAGACACAAUUCAUCAAGAACGCCUGCUGGACGGAGGAGAACAACUUGAAAGCUCUCAAAUCAUAGAAGCUUUGUCAUACGUACACCUCGUACGUUCUGUGGAUGUGGGGAACGACUCGAAGAAAGAACUGAAUAGAAGGAUGAGACCAGCAUGGGCAGCAUUCGCACCCGCCGGGAACGCACGACUCGGACUAGAGAUCCUUCUUUCGUUUCAUGCGAUAUUUGUUGCGAUUUUCAAGUUGGACGCCCACUCAAAGGCAGCGAUUAAGACGAUUGGCAGAAGUUCUUGCGAUAGUGGCGAUAUCAGUACAGAAAUGGAUGAGCUGCGACGUGUCAAGAGAGAGCUAAAACGCCUCAGGACCGCAAUUCCACCGCUGCCCACACCGGAUACGCUUUACGAUGACAUGGUCGACAACUGUCGCAAUAUCAUGAGAACGAUAGAAUCGCUUGAUGGACUCCGUAGUGAUAUCGAGUAUUUCUAUAAUAGUAAUUUGCGAUAUGGCGAAUUGAAACGCGAGGCGCAAAUACUGGAGCGCAAGGCAGAAAUCUGCAAGCUUAAGUUCCAGUCUUUGCGCCAGCACUUACGUUUGUUGUUCUCGGUAGUUCCUAUCCUAAAAGCGAUGUCAGCACUAGCAUGGAGAGCGAAAAUGCAGGAGCCCCAAAGUUACGUAAGGCGAGAUGGACAAGAAAAAGAACUGCUGACGAGCCAGAAAGAGAUUGAGAUUAUUGUGAACGAUCAGCUGCAAGGGAUGAACGAAUUUUUCACUGCGAUUCGCGGAAUCCGUUCCAGCUGUCUCAAUAUGGAGCGUGGCCAGAAGGAAAGCCUCAAUGUUCGUAUUCUGGAAACGGUGCAGUUCAUCAGCGCCACCGUAACGGACAUAAAGGAACAAAUGGAGCGGGUCGGAGCAAACCAAGUCCACGAUGAAGCGCAGCCGACAACUUCCAGUUCGACACUAGGGGACAACUUUUCGCAGACGGUGGAAAGUUGCCAGAUGGCAACCAACGAGAAGGAUCGUGGGGAAAGUUCAGAACAGGCGAAAAUUGCGAGUAAUGCCGAGUAUAUGGAAGCGGUGGAGAUGGAAUACGAAAAGGCGAGAGACGACCCGAAGGAAGCCGCAAUUCGAGCAGAGAUCAAAUCGCUGGAAACAGAACUCACCAAUGUCCAGAAGCGCCUUCGAGAACUUGCGAGGAAGCGAACCUGUAGGCAGCGAGAGUAUGAGGCAGGAGUUUACCGCACUGAAGAAAGAAAGAUGAGAUGUGUUUUCUGCGAGUGGAUUCCAAGAGAUGCUAAACGCCCUCGAGGAAGACCGCCAACGAGAUGGGGUGACGUGUUCGCUACACUGAAGGACCAGCUGAGAGCUCAGCUGGAUACGGCUCAAGGACCUCGUCAACGUCACUCACGAAACUUGAGAACACCUUGGAUGACAAUGGCUAGGGAAACGAGUGGAAGAGAUGCCCGCACGUCUAGUGAAGACGGGCCAUCUAAGUAUCAAAAGUUUUACGGAUCUCUCGGCGGUUACGCAUGUUCACAGCAAUCAAUCUACGUCAGCUGCCAAUGUCCAACAUUUUGUUCUGCUUAUGAUAAUGCUCACGCUGGCUACAGGAGUUUCCCAGACUACAAAACUUGGUCCCGACGCCAUCACCACAAAAGAAGACAUCACAAAAAGAAGUUCCAAGUUUCGGAGCCGGAUUCGGAAGAGCUCCCUUUACAAGAGUCCUCAACGUCUGCUCCCAGAAGUUCGACGCAUUCGUGGGAGAACGAGGAUUUGUGGGAAAAGAAGUUCGUGAAUUCGAACUCAAAGACCAAGACAUCCGAAAGCGGCACAGAGGAGCUUCCGGAAAUUGACAGUGCAGAGAUUGCUGCUGCUCGAGCUCGCAUGAGAGGUCAUGUUGAAAAGGCGGAAUCUUUACAAGCACCUGCUACCUUGCCAAAUACAGGUGCUCGUCCUCCAAUAGGAGGUGGAGGUGUUGGUAUUGGCAGUGGUCUCGGAGUCGGCCCCAUUGGUGUGAGCUCUGGUCUUGGCAUAGGAGCCCCCGGAAUAGGAGGAUUGGGAGGCCAGGGCGGCAUUUUUGGGAUCUCGUCAGGCGUAGGCGUGGGAGUUCCUGGAGUCGGACCAAUCGGUAUCUCUUCGGGUCUCGGAAUAGGACGAUAG